AUGUAAAAAAAUAAUUGUUAACAUAUCAGGGUAUAAUUAACUGAAUGGGAUUUAGAGGAUAUUUAAAAAAAUUAUCUCUGGUAUUAUCUAAAGUGCAAACAACCAUUAUGUGAAAAUACUACAAGGUAAUCUCUUCCUAACUUUAGGUAGUGUUGCAAAAGAGUGUAUGCUAUUGGAAAACAACCAAGUAAAAAUUCAGUUAGAGAAAAAUAUUUAAGUUAAAUUUAUUACCCUUGUGAUGAAUCCCAUUUUCGAUAGGAAAUUAUUUAUAAAUAUAAAUAGAAUAGAUGGCAAACUCCCAUCAAAUCCUUCUAUGAGUUUCUUUUCUCAACGAAUCCGGCUGUAUGA